AAUAGUAGCGCGCAUGCGCAGCGCUGCAGACCUCGACUAAAUUGAGGUCUUUGUUAAGACCAAAUAGACCGAUCUUGCUCGAGCUUCUCAGAUAUCUCAGGGAUAUUUGGUGAAAAGACAACCGUGUUAUAUGCAAUCGCGACUCUGCGAGCCUGACGUAACUCCGAACACGAACGCGAGGAUAUUAGCAGAGCUGACAACAUCGGGUGUACACAAACAAACCCAUCGCUAGCGUUUUGAGGUGGUAUUUUUUUAGCGUAGCUCGAUUUGAUUUAUUUACCAAUCACGACAAGCGGUUUGCCGACAUGGGGAACUGUCAUAAUUAAAAGGAGUAGAUCUCCUCUUCACCUCCAGGAUAUCAUGAAAGAGGAGAGGGGUAUUUGUAUGGAAAGGCUGCCCAUGGCACGCAGAAGUGGGGUUCAACUUUCCAGCAGCCUCGUCCAGACUGAGGAGAAGAGGGAAGCAGAAAGAGGAUAUUUGUGGGCCAGCUUUAUUUCACACAAAUAGUCAAGCUGCAAUAUUUGGGAUCAGGUGGGAGAUGGAGACUGUCGGGAAAUUCGAGUUCAGCAGGAAGGACCUUAUAGGACACGGUGCCUUCGCUGUGGUAUUCAAAGGCAGGCAUCGAGAGAAGCAUGAUUGGGAAGUUGCCGUCAAAUGCAUAAACAAGAAGAAUCUGGCCAAAUCACAGACUCUUCUGGGGAAAGAGAUCAAGAUAUUGAAGGAACUGAAACAUGAGAACAUUGUUGCAUUGCAUGACUUCCAGGAAACGGCAAGCUCUGUGUAUCUAGUGAUGGAGUACUGCAAUGGGGGAGAUCUGGCUGACUACUUGCACUCUAAGGGCACUUUAAGUGAAGACACCAUCCGAGUAUUCCUGCAGCAGAUCGCGGGGGCCAUGAGGGUCCUUCAGGCCAAAGGCAUCAUCCACAGAGACCUGAAACCCCAGAACAUCCUGUUGUCCCAUCCUGCAGGCCGAAAGUCUCACUCCAACAACACCUGCAUCAAGAUAGCUGACUUUGGCUUCGCACGGUACCUCCAGAACAACAUGAUGGCCGCCACACUCUGCGGGUCCCCCAUGUACAUGGCACCUGAGGUUAUUAUGUCACAGAACUAUGAUGCCAAGGCUGACCUGUGGAGUAUAGGGACCAUUGUGUUUCAGUGCCUGACUGGGAAAGCUCCAUUUCAGGCCAGCAGUCCCCAGGACCUCCGAUUGUUUUAUGAGAAAAAUAAAACUCUUAGCCCAAACAUUCCCAGAGAAACUUCCAGCCAUCUCAGACACCUGCUGCUUGGCCUCCUGCAGAGGAACCAUAAGGACCGUAUGGACUUUGAUGAAUUCUUCAGACACCCUUUCUUGGAGGCAAGCUCCUCUAUGAAGAAAUCUGCUCCAGUGACCGUGACUUGCUUUCCCAAUUCAGCCUCUGCAAGCUCAUGCAGCAGUUCAUCUACUUCACACCUGGCCUCUCCUCCUCAAUCCCUUGCAGAGAUCCAGCAGGUCCGUGCAAAGGCAUUAGCCUCCCCUACCCAGGAUUCUCCAGGAUACCUGCUGAAGGACUCGGGAGGUGGUGGCGGCGGCAGCAGUAGCAAGAACUCGUCCUGUGACACUGAUGAUUUUGUCAUGGUUCCAGCUCAUUUCCCCAGUGAGCUUACCUGUGACAUGCCGACAGGAAAGGUUCUCCAGGACAGUCUGAUGUAUAGUGGGAGUUCUCUUCUAGCGUCUGGAGGUCAAUGCAGUCAAGGAAAAACUCCGCCACGCUCUCCCUCCUACAGCAGCUCUCCAGGACCCAGCGGCAGGCCGAGUGAGUUUUCUGGGAGUAACUAUGGCAACUAUGGGCAGUCCGUACCUAUUCCAGUCCCCACACAGAUUCACAACUACCAGCGCAUGGAGCAAAACCUCCAGUUCCCAGGUCAAGAGGGCUCUCCACAGUCUGGCACGGUCCAGAGAUGUAGUAGCGGGAGCUUUCUGGCUUGUGGAAGGACAGGGCCUUCUCCUCCUCAGUCUGGUUCUGCUCUCACUUCCCGCAGGCUGUCUACAGGAGGCGCGAAACCCUUCCAGCUCUCUCCACAGGUGGGCACAAUUCCUGAGUUGCCAGGUCAAGUUUGCCCAACAACUGCAGAAAUGGGUCACAGGGGCUCUCGGGGUGGAGAAACCAAGGCUCGGCAACAGCAGCAGGGUCUGGGCACUCGGCUCAACAGCGCCCCCUGUUUGCUGGAGGCAGCUGGUGGGUGCAGGCAGAAGAUCAGGAAGCAGCAUUCAGACCCGGUGGUGGCCCCUCAGGGAAACAUGAUGCCCUUUAGGACCCUGCACUCCUCACCCAGGCUCAGUGAACUUAUGCAACGCAACCCCCUACCAACCAUCCUGGGUUCUCCUUCCAGAGCCAUGCCCCCAUUUGAGUUUCCCAAGCCCCUGAGUUCCCCAAACAUGGUCACGUUUCUGACCCACCAGGGCUUCAGACCAGCUCAGGGAGAGGCUAGUUUGUCACCUGCCUACCAUUCUGAGGAGAAGAAAGGCUUUGAGAGGUCUCAGAGUGCCAGCCGCCUAUCUGAUGUGCUGCUGAUGGCAGCGUUUGGGGGGCAGAGAGGAGAAAGAGGCAGCAUGGAGAAUAUCAACUCUGACAGAGCCAUAGACAUCACAGUGCCACCUGGUGGUGGAGGUUUCGUCGUGGGCUCAGGUAGCCCUGCUCGAGUGGUGUUCACCGUGGGUUCUCCUCCCAGUGGAGGAACACCUCCUCAGAGUUCUCGCUCAAGGAAGUUCUCAGCAGGCUCUUCAAGCUCCAUUAGUCCUGUAGGGUCCCUCAACAGCCGCUACCCACAAACAGGCAUUUGCAUGGAUGGCUACGAGGGGCCCUCAAGUCCCCGCUAUGGGUUCACUGACCCCAUCUCAGCCGUGACUUUUGAAGCACCUGAACUACCAGAGGAGACCCUAAUGGAGCAAGAACACACGGAGACUCUGCGCAGGCUCCGGUUCAUGCUGAACUUUACUCGCUGUAUGGUGGAGGUGGCAGGGGCCCGGGGUGGAGAGGAUGCCCAGGCCGACCUCUCUUCCACCAGCCUGCUCCAGCAGCAGAGUUUGGUUGCCGAUCAGGUCAGCUCUCUGAGCCGAGAGUGGAGUUAUGCUGAGCAGUUGGUGCUUUACAUGAAGAUUACAGAGCUUCUGUCAUCUUCACUACAAACAGCCAUGGAAGGCAUCAAGCAGGGAAAACUCUACCCCUCAACCACCGUCAAACAAGUGGUGAGGAGGCUGAAUGACCUGUAUAAGUCCAGCGUAAUGUCCUGCCGUUCUCUGAGCGCUCAGCUGGAGCGAUUCUUCUCCCGUAAACACAAACUCAUGGACCACAUCAACAGCAUCACCGCAGAGAGGCUCCUUUUCAGCCACACUGUACAGAUGGUGCAGACGGCUGCUCUAGAUGAGAUGUUUCAUCAAGGGGAAGCAUCAGUUCAGCGCUACCAUAAGGCCUUGCUGCUCAUGGAGGGUCUGUCUCUCCUCCUCACAGAUCAGGCUGACAUCCUCAGCGUUAGCAAGUGUAAGCAAUGCAUCGAACGCCGUCUCAACGCCUUACAGUCGGGUCUCUGUGUGUAAAAUCUCUCCACCACGCAGCUGUUACACCAUCAAGAUUCCUGUUUCUCCAGUGCUGUGGGGGAGGGAACGGCCCUCUGAUUGGACCACGUUAACCUGAUUGACAGCUGAUGUCGUAAUGGUGGAGAGAUGCAAAGAUUUGGAUGUGUUGCCACUUUACAUCAUCGCAAACACAGAAGGACAGAAUAACACCUGUGUCAGUUGUCAAGAUGAAACCUGUUUCCACAAUUAUUCUCUCACCGAGUUUAAAGUGUAGUACAAACAUGUUUCUCAGUGCACUUGUUGGCUCACAUAGGAAUGGUUGCGUGUUAUAAAUGGGUUGUGCAAUCUUAGACGAGGUUUAUCCAUCCCAGAACAUCAGUUUCUUAUAUUUUUCUUAGUUUGUAGUCAGUGAUCUGCCUAUUCACUACGUUAACUAGCAGAGAGACGUUAUAGAACACUUUUAAGAUGAUUAUAAGUGAUUUAAUAGUGCAUUUGGGGGUGCUUUGUGUGAUUGAAGUUAAAGUCAUUUUGUUUGGUUGGUUGGUUUAAUUCCAAAUGUCCAGUUAGACGUAGAUACAGUCUUUGGAUGAAUGUUGCAGACCGGUAAAUGCGAUCUGUGCACCAUUUGAAUGUUAUAAGAGGCCCAAAUACUCCCUCACUGGGGAGUUUAAUCAGAAAUUCAAUGACCAAAUUACAAGCCAUUCGAAAAAGAAAUAGUUUUGCCAAUUACUUAAUAGACAUUCUCAUUGUUCCUCAGAAGGAAACUGUAUAAAGCCAGCAAAAUCAUUUGUAGCACUUUAGUGAAUGUUUACCAAGUAAGAGCAUGUCAAAUGUUUCCUCCUUAAAAUGUCUAGGAAAUGAAUAUUGUGUGUGGUGUUUGGACAUCUCUUAUGGCCUGUUCAGUUUCUUCUUUUUUUAAUAGCUAUUAUUGUGUUUGGCAAUCAUUUGUCUGAAUGUAGUUUGGCUUUUUUAAGUUUGUCGCAUUAGGGCAAGACAUAAAUGUCCUGCGCCAUUACAGAGGAUUUCAGCUGUUAUUUGGUCUAAAUAUUAUGCCAAAAAAUCUUUAGUGCAUUUUCUAGAUUAGAUAAAGGCGUUAUUAAUGUCAGCCCGCUCAAUAUUAGGUUGGCGUUGGCAUCAAAAACGGCUGAAUUUAUAAGAAACUCUUGAUUAUACCGAAUCAUAUGUGUGCCCUGAUGAUCGGUCCUCUUCCUGAUUUCCAUCUAGAUUAAACUGAGACUUUAAUGCCCAUUUUUAGUGUUUGUUCUGAGGACAGAUGUACUUCCUUUUGGGUUGUGCAUGCAUAGUUGUUCCUGUUGUUGAUGUGAGCUGUGUAUAAUCUGAAGCAGGUAUAUAAAGGACAGGUCUUAAGAUAGUAGUCAAUUCUAGCUUGCACUGUUUGAGGACUCUUUGGUUAGGUAAGCAGAAGACAUUCCAAAUCAAGCGGACCAUUUAGUGUGAACACCACAUUUCCUUACUUUCCUUGUAGAGUAAUAUAGUCAGUGCUUUUUAGCCUUAUUUCGAUUGUGUUGUAUAUGAACAGCGUGUUUGUGUUAAAAAAUAUUUAAAACAUUUUAAAAAUGUGCCUUUAAAGAAAAAAAGCAAAAACUGAAACACUGAAAAAAUAUUAUCCCUUUUUUUUUUUCUUUCUUUUACUUAUUACUUAUUUUUGUACAUUGUCAGUGUGGAGUGAGUUGUGUUUCGAUUGGUUGAAUUUGACUGGGUUGAGAUGCAGUGGGAUUGAUUUAGUUUUGCUUCACUUUUAUGUGUGUGUGAAUGUGUUUGUGUGUGUUUAAAUAUCAUACAUACUAGUUUUCUUUGAAUAAACUGGAGUGCGGUGUCAUGAUAGUGAGACAUAAGCUAUUAUUUCUGUUUUGAGUUCCAAAGGCCAUAGUAACAUGCAUUUUCCCCUCUUAUACAUACCAGUUAAAUUGCAAUUUUAACAACUUUGUUAAAAGAGUAAUAGCUUUUUUAUUUUCUAUUUUCUCUGUCUGAAAAU